AUGGUGGAGGAAGUUCGUGUUGGUGAAGAUGGCGAGCUUGCCAUUGAUCAAGCGCAGUCACUGGACUUGAAGAGGACAUUUGUCUUCACUUUUCUUGGUUUUGCUUUAGUGGGUCCAACAUUACAUUUUUGGUAUUUGUAUUUGAGUAAAUUGGUUACACUUCCUGGAGCAUCAGGCGCUUUUUUGCGGCUUGUACUUGAUCAGCUCUUAUUUUCUCCCAUAUUCAUCGGAGUUUUCUUAGCUACGUUGGUGACACUUGAGGGAAAUCCAUCACAAGCUGUACCCAAGCUAAAACAGGUGUUAUCAAUGUUUUAA